GAAUUGUGGCAGAAAGUUUGCGCAGGAUGGCCUGAUCAGUGGGGCAUCGAGCACAGGGAGAAGGCAAAGCCUGAAAAAUGAGUGAAACUCCUCCCAUGGGCAGAGAGGGAUAUACUCUGCUUCUGCAGGACUUUGUUUCACUCUUGUGGGGUUUCAUUUAGUUUUGCUUCUGAAACACAGAAAUUUGCUCUUCCGGCUGGAGAGCUGUUGUCCAGAGCACACAGGGAGCUCUGUCACUCUAGCUGCUGCCCUUAGCUUGGCCCAGCAGUCUAUAGGAGAUCCAUAUCCUUUUCUUUCCCGCUGUUUAGUCAGCUUUAUGGCAGUGGUGAAAACAGUAUGGCCCUGUUUAUUGCAGACUGUGGGUAGGAGUUGCAGAAGCGAGAGCUGGCGUGGCUAUGAAGUACAUUUAAAGCAGGAUGACUGCUUUACCUGUAUCCGUCAUCAAUCUCUUGUGGAAGGGAGGAGCAUCAGGCGUUGCUCCCAGCAGCUUCUGAGAUGCAGAUCUUCUGUCUGCUGAUGAGAUCUGGGGACUCCCCUUCAUCCAGUUCUUCCCUUCCUACUUCACUUGUCUGCAGGGCCCUGGUGCAGCUCAGGUAUGGCAGAGCCUGCCCCAGGCUCUCCGAGGGUGUCCUGAGCCCCUCCAGUCCCUCCAGCCAUGUCACAAGUUGGGAGGCAGCAUGAGUCCUUGCCUGUCUGAAGAGGCAGCACCCUUCUUUCUACGUGAAUCUGACCCUGGGUGAUGGAGGUCUUGGGGCUUCAGGGGGUGAAAUUUAAGCUGUUGGUGACUCUCCUGUUUUCUUCCCUCCAGGUAGGCAGGAGUCCCCCACAGCUGAGUGAGGCAGCAUGGCAAUGUUCUUGGGGGCCAGGAAUGCCCACUCAGUCCUGAAGCGUUUUCCCCGAGCCAACGGCUUUCUGGAGGAGAUUCGGCAGGGCACCAUCGAGCGGGAGUGCAUCGAGGAGGUCUGCAGCUAUGAGGAGGUCAAGGAAGUGUUUGAGAACAAGGAGAAGACGAUGGAGUUUUGGAAGGGCUACACCAACUCUGUCUACUCUGUCAAGGACCCCGGGCACAGCACGGAGCGCUCAGAUGCUAUGUACGUGGUGGUCCCCCUCUUGGGAGUGGCUCUUCUGAUAGUCAUCGCCCUCUUCAUCAUCUGGAGGUGCCAGCUGCAGAAGGCCACCCGCCACCGCCCUUCCUAUGCCCAGAACCGUUACCUGGCCAGCCGAACGGGACGCAGCCUCCCCAGGGUCAUGGUGUACCGGGAGCGGUCGCAAAGCCAAGGGGAAACCCAGUAUCAGCGAGAAGCCAGCAACCGGGGGGCUGGAGAUGGCAGAGCUGGGGGCACCCCCCAGCAAGACGGCACCCUCUGCCCACCAGAGCAUUCGGUCUCCGUCCUCUCCAGACUGUCCAGUGCCACCCCUCCACCUUCCUACGAGGAGGUGACGGGCCACCCGGAGAGCAGCAGUGGCGAAGAGACCAGUGUCUCCUACAGUGACCCACCACCCAAAUACGAAGAGAUCGUGGCCACUGCCCCCACUGCGGGCAAAUAGCGGGUCUGCGUCCCUCCUGCCUCUUCACACACUCACACUCACCCACCCACCCUCCCUCCCUUUGCCGUGCCCGGGACCCCCUUCAAGUGCCAGGUGGCACCCCAUCUCACCUGUACAAGCUGGUGCCAUCACACAAUAGCCUUACCCUCCGAACCAAAAAUAGCUGUCCCCAAGCGGGGUGAGGCUGGGUGGCAGGGGUGGCUCCGGAGCCAGCCAGCUGUCUCCUGCCCCUCACUCCCUGCUCACAUAAGUGCUGUAGCAGCCAGAGCAGAGCAGCAGCUUGUCCUGGCUCAUCACGGGGGUCUCCCCAUGGUGCAUUCGAUUUCCUCACCCCCCCCUCGAAAAGACAUAACAUUUCCCAUGAUUAAAACAGCCCCACUGCCUCCCUGGUGCACUGCUCAGCCUUACCCCAUGUCCUCACUGGGCCCUGUUUUGCUGCUCAGGGCUCUGAUUAGGAGUUGGGGAUGCAGGAGGGGCGUGGCAAAUUCCUGUCCAUCCCCACAGUGGGCAUCCACACUCUAUGUUUGGGGAGAAAGUGCCUCCCUUGUGUGGAUUUUCUGCCAGGUAGGAGUGGGAAGCCUGGUCCGUCCUGCAGCACCUGUAGUGCUACUCACUGUCCGGAGAUCAGGGAGGAGCAGCCAAGGAGGUGCUCUUGGAUCUCCUAGGCCCCCCUGGAAAGGGUGAAAGGCUUGUGGUAGUCUUGUACGUGAGGUAAGUGACUUUGGUGGAGCAGGUCCUUUUCCUGAUAGCUCUCCACUUUUCCCUUGCAGGGUGCUGGGCAGCUGGGGGUCUGGCUGCGGCCAGGCUGGUGGAUGGGGUCAUCUCUGACCUUGAGCCAAAGGUGAUCCCAUGAUUUUAAGCGGUGAGGAUGCUCUUUCCUGGGGUGUGGCCUGUCUGGUGGCUGCCCCAGAGGUGGGAUGCUGGCAUGGGGAGCCUGCAGAUGGGCCAGACCUCCCCUGUCCCUAGCCCAAACUUCUCUGUUCUGCCUGGCUUCUCUCUUUGGGGCUCUUUGUCCUCCAGAACAGGUAGAGGGGAACAUGAGACCCCACUCUCCCCCAGGCCCCUCUGAUGGGCAGAUUGCUUGGUGGCCAUGGCUGCGGCUGUGGCGCAGAGGGGCUGCUGAUGGAGGUGAGAGCUGACUGAUGAUGCCACAACCCAGCGAUGCCAGGGGGUUGGCAGUAGGGUCAAACCCUGACCGAGUGGUUGUGGUGCCAGGACAGGGCAGAACCUGGUGUUUUCUUGUGGGGCCAGAGUGUCCGUUUUUCCUGGGCAGCUGCUUUUGCGGUCCAGGCAACAGGACUUGUCCUUUCCUAGUCACAUCUUAUGGGUUAAAAAGGGGGUUGUGCUCAGCAACACCCCCAGGAAUAGCCCAGAAACUCCCAGCACUGCCACCCCUCGGUGUUCACCCCAGCACCAGUCUCUCCACCAGCACCAAAAGGCUAUUGUGCAUCCCUCAGCUGUCUGCACCCCGCUCGGGCCCAGGGUGCUCUCACAGCACCUGCCCUCGGCCCACACUGAGCCUUGCCCAGUGUGGCCGUUCCUGGGGCGGGACACAGGGGGGUUUUGUGGCUGCUGGCACCCUGCCUGUCCCCUCCCAGGCCUUUACUCUGCCUUUCGGCCUUAGCAAGUCAGGCUUAUGGGAAGGCCUGACAGUGAGCGUCGGGGUCAGAGCCUGGAAGAGACUGGAGGGAGAUAGAAGGGUGCUCUGCAUCCUCUGUCUUUGAUUCUCGGUCAGUAUCCUUGCAGUUUGUAUUCUGUAAAACUUGGUAUAUUUCUGUGAAAAAAGAAAAAGGUAUUUAUUAAAAAACCCUCACUGUC